AUGGGAAAUGCUAAAAGUAAGCUUAGUCCUGAGCAACUGAGUGAUCUUCAAAAGUCUACUUACUUUGAAAAGAAGGAAUUACAGCAAUGGUAUAAAGGGUUCCUAAAGGAUUGCCCAUCAGGACAGCUCGACAAGACCGAAUUUCAAAAGAUAUACAAACAGUUUUUCCCUUUUGGUGAUCCUUCUCGUUUUGCAGACUAUGUGUUUAAUGUAUUUGAUGGAGAUAAAAAUGGAUUUAUCGAUUUUAAAGAGUUUAUUUGUGCUUUAUCUGUUACUAGUAGAGGAAGAGUAGAUGAAAAGCUUUAUUGGGCAUUUCAAUUAUACGACAUUGAUAACGACGGAUAUAUCACUCGUGAUGAAAUGCUUCGUAUCGUAGAUGCAAUUUAUAAAAUGGUAGGCAGUAUGGUCAAAUUACCACCAGAUGAGGAUACACCUGAGAAGCGUGUCAAGAAGAUAUUUGACCUGAUGGAUACAGAUAAAGAUGAUCGCUUAUCCAUGGAGGAAUUCAAAGAAGGAUCAAAGAAGGACCCAACCAUCUUACAAGCAUUGAACUUAUAUGAUGGCAUGGUUUAA